UGUUCUCUCCUCCUCUCACUCCUCCACUCAUCCCUCCAACAGCAAGCGCUACAGACAUCAUGACGUCCAGUAUGUCCAUGCGGAGUUAUUCCAUUGGCCGGCAGCCCUCUUUCUCCAACCUGUCUCUGAGGGACAGUGUGCGUGGCCGGGCCAAAGCAGCAGUCUCAUUCGCUGCGGCCAAGCCCCUCUCUCGCUCAGCCUCCAUGAGCAUGACCGACCUGAAUGGUCUGACUAACCUGUCACUCAACGGCCUUGGCAACAGCACCAAUGAGAAGGAAGCCAUGCAGAGCCUCAACAACCGACUGGCCAACUACCUGGACAAAGUGCGCUCGCUAGAGAAGUCCAACGCUGACCUGGAGCUCCGCAUCAAACAGCUGAUGCUAGAGAGGGUCCCCAAAGGUCAUGACAUAGACGCCAUGCUGGCACAGGCCCAUGCUCUAGAGCAGGAGGUCAGGAAGAAGACCUUGGAGAAUGCUCGUAUUAUGUUGGAGAUCGAUAAUGCCAAGCUGGCUGCAGAUGACUUCAGAAUCAAAUGGGAAGCAGAAAGUGCCAUGUGUCAGUCAGUGGAGAGAGACUGUGUGGCUCUGAAGAAGGCCAAGACAGACCAUGACCAGAUCAUCGCCACAUUGCGUGGAGACCUAGACAGCCUGAAGGAGGAGCUUUACUUCCUCAAGAAGAACCAUGAGGAGGAGAUGGAUAACCUGCGGGCUCGGAUUGCCCAGGAGGAUGUGAAUGUGGAGGUGGACGCUGCUCGUGGAACUGACCUGGGCACAGUGCUAGCCGAGCUCCGUUCUCAGUAUGAAGGAAUUGUCCAGAAGAACAAAGAGGAGGCCGAAAACUGGUACCGCAAGAAGCUGGAGGGGGUGCAGACGGAGGUGCGGGAGAGCAACGAAGCUUUGCGGGGGGCUCAGAGCGAGCUGAGCGAGAGGCAGCGCUUCCUGCAGACUCUGGAGGUGGAACUGGAGAGCCUUCACAAGCAGGUAGCCGCUCUGGAGGGUAGUCUAGGUGAGACAGGUCAGAAGUAUGCUCUGGAGAUGGAACGUCUGCAGGCCACGCUCAACCAGCUGGAGGAGGACCUGUCCCAGCUGCGACUGGACAUGCAGCGCAACAAGACUGAUUACGAACAGCUGCUGCGCAUCAAGCAGAACCUAGAGCUGGAGAUCGCCACCUACAGGCGGCUGCUGGAAGGAGAAGACACUAUUAAGGAAGUCCCUCCACCCCCUAAGAAGGAGCCGGACGUUCGCACCAGGAAGAUCGUGAAAGUGGUCACUCAGACCAUGAUCAAUGGGAAAGUUGUGGACGAGUCCAGCGAGGUUGAGCAGAUCGAGGAGACUAAGAAGUAAAAUCGGAGCAUUUUAACCCGAAAUAUAAAGCCCCCUUUGUCUGUUAGGGACCACAUUAGCCCCUGGCUCCUGGAGGCCCCCAGAGUAACUCUCAGAUUCCUGUUUCACCACCAAAGCCUUUCAAACAGAUCAGCUUUCUGCUCCUUUUCUCAAGCUGCACAAAGAGGCCACAUUACUACAGAGCGGCAUCCGCCUAGCAAUCAGCACUGUACAGGAGAUAAGCCUUCCCUUUGUUGCUCUUUAGCGUUUUUAUCAGAAGGGACAUCCUGGUUUUUCUUUUCAUGUUUACAGUAUUUUUCUCCUUGUAGAACUGGGGGGUGAUGAAUGUAGUAAUCUCUAAACCUUUGUUUUUGAAAUGAUGAUUGGUAGUCUAGGUCAUAUCAAUGAAAAACAAUAAAAGAGUCAAAAAACCCA